AUGUCCCCAACCAACAUCAUUAGUGCUCCUAGCCAGCAAGAAGGCGAAAAAGCUCCGCGCAACCCGUUCGAAACCCUGCCUGUCGAGUUGAUCCUCGAUAUCAACGACUCGUGUGAGACGGACGCCUCUGCAGCAUUGUCACUCUGCAACGAGGACCUGCAGUUGAUCCUGGGAAAAUGGACAGAUGCUGGGUCUGCAGGAUACGUUGCCAUUACCAGCCUGGAGAAAACCCUCGUGCUACUGACUCUUCGUAAAAAAGGCAACAACUCCAUGGUUUUCGCCCUUCUCCAAGAAUACGAAGAGCAGUAUGCCUUAGAAAGAGUCGCAGAGGCUGGCCGCAUGGACCUGUUUCGCAUCAUCAAACCGUUCAUCACCUCCGGCAAACAUUGUGCAUUUGCUGCGUUUAAAAGCGCGGUUAGGAUUGGUCAUGGACCAUUAAUGCAUGGAUUGAUAGGAUUCAUCUCUGAGGGGGAUUUGAGUGAGGCCUUCCAGCUUGCGUGCGAAUCCGCAUACGCUCCAUCCAACCUAAUUCAGUCGCUCAUACAGGAGAUUCCUAUUAGGCUCCGUACCCAAGCAUGCACCGAUGCAUUCGAGUCGGCCAUUACCAGAGGAAAGGUGGAACUUCUUAGGGUCCUGAUUACUGGAGGUGCAAACGUCAACAAGCAUUUCAACAACGAAAUGUGGGAAAGCGACGAACGCAUUUGCUUGCACUGGCUAGGGAUGUGGGGAUUAUCGAAUAGUUCGAUCCACCACGCUGUCCUAGCGAUGGUCAACAUUGUCUGCGCUUCCGGCGCCGACGUCAACGCAGUCGAUUAUGAGGAGCGUACUCCUCUGCAUCUUUUUGCCUUAGCCGGAUACUACUCAGUCAAAUCGUCCAUCCCUCUCGAAGACAACAGCAACGACGAAUUCAAAAGAGUCGAGGCUCUUUAUCGCUGUUCUUUGCUUACUAUAAUCCACGCCGGCGCUGACAUCGAUGCUAAGGACAAGUUUGGAAAGACUCCUCUGCAUCUGGCUGUGGAGAAGGGUGAAAUUGGAAUGGUCAGGCUCCUGGUGGAGCUUGGUGUCAAUGCUCUCAUCACCGAUGAUGAGAGUGUUAGAGCCAGUAGGGUGAACGGUACUAGGGGAUGCGCUCCUCACAUGAUCGACUUCCAAGUCUGGAAGUACGAGCAACUACAGGAAAAACGGGUUGGCGAGAAAUGGGCCAAGGUCUUGUAG